AUGAAGAACGGGAAACGAAGCAACAGACGCGAUGAUGACCGUCGGAAUUUAGAAAAUGCUCUUGAUUUGUUGGAACAACUAUUCUCACUCAUUGAUAUGAUACAGGUUUCAUUUUCUAAUAUUUAUAAAGUCAUUUCCAUACCGAUUCAGUACGUCGGAAGAAAAAUCGGAGAACAAAGCAGUAAAAUUGGAUCAAACGUUUUUGAUACAUUACUUGAUUUAUUUACACCAGUACAAACUCUUUUUGAUCAAUAUCAAACAUAUUAUGGCUAUUACCGAGGAGCAACCUAUUUCAAUCCUAAUGAAUUAUUUGUCACAAGAGUGUUCAAUUAUUUCGAAAGGAUAAUCAAUAAUUUUCAAGAAAGGGUUAAAAAGACAUUUACUGAAGACAAGAAUGUUGGAUUUUCACAGUAUUUAUUGAAGACAGUCAUUAUUGGAGGAUUGUUUUUAGUUUGGAGAGCUUUGUAUAUUUGGUGGAGAUUUAAGAAGGACGCGAGUCGAUCAAGCCAAUUUAAUAGUUCUAAUUUCAUUGAUGGCAAUGUCAUUCAGUCUUUUGUAGAUAAUGAAAGUCUUUCUCAACACUUACAGAAUAGAAAAGAAUGGGAACAACUAAGAAGAAAUCCAUUUUCACACUCAACAUCUGAUCUGGCUUAUUUGAACUCGCCUCAAUACCAUCUACAAAGUCCUUACUUUCCUCUUCGGAUUGGUCCCAACGAAAGAGAGCGAAAUUUCUUUACCUAUUUUCCAUCGUAUCGAAAUCGAGUUGAAGAUUUAGAAUUUAGAGAAGACACAAAUUCUGCGCCUGCUUCUCUUUCAUCAAAUAUCAACAGAAGUAGCGCUCUCUAUAAUAAUAAUGGUAUAGGUCCCUCUCGAUUCUACAAUGACAUGCUUAGAAACAGAACUCUCAUUGGAUUGCGAAGAAAUAAUACUCUUCAAAGAGAAAAUAUUCAACCUUAUCAAAAUCAACUUUAUUCAUCCAUAUCAGAUAACAUUUAA